CUUGGUAUCAUAAUGAAGGCACUUACUUGGACUACUCUUCCCGGUUCACUGCGUUGGAGAGGUGUGCAGUUCUUUGUGCAAUUAAUGAUUUUCUUCUCGCCACUCAGAACGCUAAUUGGUGCUUUCAAGGGAUGAGAAUUUACUGUUACUGCACUGUAAGGUGCUGUACCUCUUUAGCUUCACUCGCAGCUGCCCUUCCCCGACUGUCCAUUGGGGGUUCCACUUCUCGAAAUCAAAAGAGGAUCCAGCCUGGGCCUAUUUCUCACUUAUUUGAAUUCUUCUUCUUCCUUCUGUUCUUUUCCUUUUUAUCUGCUUUCUUUCUCGGUUUUAUAUAGUACUCUCGUGCCUCCUCAACCACUUCUCGGAAACAGCUCCUCAGAUCCCUUUGUCAGCGCAAGCCAUAGAUACCUCUUUAUACUCCCUUACCACGUCCAUACCGAGUUGUUCGAUUAGUGAACGAAUAACCUGAUUCGAUAACUUGGUGGCUUCAGAGACCUGCUGCUACUGGCCACUCCUGAACUUGAACCAGAAGGGAACUCUUUUUUUUCCCUUUCUUUCCUUUUUUUUGUGGGGAAACCCACCGCAUAUAAAUAUUGAGGGACCCGACGUCAAGAGAUAUAGAAGAAGGGCGGGACGCCCCCCCUCCCAAGAAAAAAAAAAAUGUUCAGUCUUAAAUUUUGGACAUGGUUCAGUUAUGGGGAAGAGCGGCCGGCGUUUUUGGAGUUUAGGAGUAGUCAGGGAUUUAUCGUCACGGCAAUGUCCCUGGCGGUAUUCACCGUGAGUAUCAUUCUUCCUGAUGCGGGGGUUUCUCUUGAAUUGGUAAUUUACUAAAGGACUGGCGCACCAGGAUAUCUUUCUUUAUGGAUUGGUAUAUGCCCCCGCCAUUUUCACAACAUGACGCUGCGAAUGGAGCUUACCUCUGAUUAGGUUAUUCCUGUAUUCCCGUUCGCGUUGGAGGAACGGGCAAAUGUUCCUCACGAUGGUAACCUCCCAGUGCUCCUAAUCACGUUUGUUGUCGAUCGAUUCUGAUAGGUUCGCUAGAUGUUCAAAAAUGGAUAUCGGUCUUGUUGGCAGUGUACGGGGCCGGUAUAUUCAUAGCAUCUCGUAAGUAUCACCCCCACCAGUUGAGGGCAUAUAAUGUAUACCUCGGCAUGCACCAAACAUCCACUUCUGCAAAUGUCCUACCCAAUGUCAUUGUAACUCUCUUAUCGUACCCUAUCUUAUCGUUGCACUCGAUAAACUUUUCCCCCGCAUGGACUAACAUAACUGGACGCCAGCUAUAUGCGGGUACCUUGCAGAUGUAAGCAGCAACAGACGAUCAUCGCUACUAAUCGGUCUUUUGGCACUUUCCGCCGCAACAAUUCUGCUCUGCCUAGGAUCCAGUAUUCCUGUCCUCAUCAUCGGCCGACUCCUCCAGGGAGUUUCUGCCGCGGUAAUAUGGACGGUCGGGUUAGCGCUCAUUGUCGAUACCGUGGGUAAGGAUGAAGUUGCGCAGAGUAUGGGGAUUGUCAGGUUAGUCCAGUCAACCCCUCAGGCAAGACAAACGGUGGGAGUGGAGAAGCUGACGUUCCUCCCAAAAGUGUCGCGAUGAGCGGCGGUAUCUUUUUGGCACCCCUGUUGGGCGGAAUUGUUUACGAUAGGUGGGUUUUCUCACAAGUUGAUCGUCUUGGGUAGUUGGCCUUGCUAAUAUAGUGUAUUAUAGGGGUGGAUAUUAUGCUGGUAGGAUCUUCUCAUGACAUCCGCCGCACUAAACUCUAUUGAAUCUGCAAGCUAACCAGUGAAUUAAUUCAGUAUUUGCAAUGGCUUUUGGCCUGGUAAGUCGGAGCCUAAUUUAGUCUCUCUCUAUCCUGGUCAUUGGGCUAUGCUAACUAAUAAUUUCCUUAACAGCUAGCAACGGACAUUGUUAUACGACUCAUCUUAAUCGAGAAAAAGAUUGCGGCAAAGUAUUUGCCUGAAAAAUCAGAAUCCGGCGAACCCGCACCGGGAACAAGCCCUAGUGAGAUGUUUGGGACAGAGGAAAAUGGCUCCGGGUCUCCGUCCGGGACCCCGCAUACGCCAAAACCCCCCUGCGACUUGAUCUCAAUGCCCAAGAAGGCCCAUACGCCCGGUAAUGGGGAAGGGCUCGCUGGUAAUAAUGAGAACACCGGUGAGCAAGAGAAUCUCCAGUAGUAACACAUAUCACUGACGAGUCACCCUUCUCCCCAGCCAACGAUAUCGAAGCAGGACCCAUAACCCUGAAGAAGCGCAGCAGGGUGCCACCCAUAAUCAGAAUCUUGAAGUAUCCCAGACUCCUAACGGCUCUCUGGGGAAUACUCGUUCAGGCGGUAAUUAUGACAGCGUUGGAGACGACAUUGCCUCUGCGUGUCCGGGAACUCUUCAAUUUCAACGCAACGGGAGCGGGGCUAAUCUUCCUUGCGGUCGUUAUCCCGACUUUCCUCGCCCCCAUCGUUGGUAAGUGGCUCGCUUGCCUGCGUGUGCUCAGAUUUGCCGCCGAAUAAGGCUAACCAACAAUGACAGGCUGGGCAUGCGAUAAAUGGGGAACACGCUGGGUGCAGACAGCAGGCUUCGUUAUCUGCUGCCCUUUCUUCGUCUUCUUGCGAUUCCCGGACCACAACAGCGUCUCCCAGAUAGUCCUGCUGUGCGCUAUCCUCGCCCUGAUCGGAAUCGGUCUCGUCUUGAUCAUGCCGACUAUGAUGGCCGAGGUCAGUUUGUCCCUCGACGAGGUGGAGGAAAACAAUCCGGGUAUACUCGGUAAGAAUGGGGCUUAUGCGCAAGGGGUAUGAUAACACGCACACCUAAUAGAGAGAUUGGGGGAUUCCCUGCAAUGCGGUUACUGAUUGUGAUUUAUUUUGCAGUAUGGAUUGUUCAGCGUUGCAUUCUCCGCUGGCACAUUGGUGGGGCCUCUGUGGUGUAAGUGAACCCCCUCAAGCGCAAUCGCUCGCUGGGGCUGAAGGUGCUGACCAUAUCUCAUAAAGCCGGAUUUGUUAAGGAUGCCGUGGGAUGGAACGCUAUGGUUUGCACAAUUGGUUUGCUCCCCGCCCUCCCUGGGGCGCAGUUCUCCGCGCGAUCUUGUACUGACUGGGGUCGAUUCAUAGGAGCGCUGAGUAUCUUCACCGCUAUUCCAAGUGUAAGCCCACCCACUUCUCAAUUAAGCCUCUAUCAGCACAACAGCUCUAACCAAGCUUUUAGGCGAUUUACACUGGUGGGAAGAUUAGGAAGGAGGACCUCACGUUCUGGAGGAGGUCCGGGUAGUACAGAGCACAACAUGCGAGCACCUUCAGCCUCAGCCAGACUGGGAAGACAACUCAUUGGUCGGCGGUGGUGUGAAGGGCAGUGCCGCAUCUCGGUAUCACAGUUUUUGACAUUUCUGGCACGUUAUAAUUAUUAUUUUUUGUCCGCUGGUAGAGUACAGUACUAGUACAGUACCCACUGCAGACAACCCACCCCCCCCCCCGCUCUUCUCUCCCCUCCUCCCCGUUGCAGAAAAAAAAAGGUAAAAAAGUAAAAAAAUAAUAAUAAUGAUCUCCGCGGCCCUCUCUUUUCAUGUAUCUAUAGAAACUCGUCGAAUUACGGUAUAGACUUUUCAAUAUCAUGAUUUUUACG